UAAAUUCUGUAAGCAGUGCAAAAAGCAAGACAUAAAUAUGUGGCAGAAAAUGUGAUGGAACAGUUAGUUAUCACCGUAUGAUAGGAAGCGGAUUGAAAAAAUAAGCAGAAAUUAUGGACUUAGGGGAUGAUGAUGAAAUUAUAGUUCCAAUAUGGAAUGUAGAAGCCGAAGUUCUUGCGUUUGAGGACUACGAUUCACCCGCGCCAAAAAUAACUGAAUCACAUGCCGAAUCUUGGGAAAUACUAUAUCACGUGUGGUUUAUAUUAGAGUCCGUGCUGGCCGUUAUAUUUUUCUUUGCGAUUACGCGCGUCUUUGGUCAGAAAACGUCGCAUAUAAUUCACCCCGAUUCCAUUAAACGAUACCUCUACGAAUUCGUAUUUAUUCUUGCGCCUACAGUGUUAUUUGUAAUUGUGUUACAUCGUUAUAUUUAUGCUGUAAUUAUCGUGUUCGCUUUUUCUGUAAUAUACGCAUUGUUUAUGAUAUAUAAAACCAAGGCACAAAAACGCUGGUACAUUACGGGUGGUCGCCGACCAUUCAUUUUGACAUUAAAUCGUGCUACAAUCUACUUGAUAACAGCGCUUUGUAUAUUAGCCGAGGAUUUUCAAUGUUUUCCAAAAUAUUUUCAAAUGUCGCAUGGCCAUAAUGUUGGUUUAAAAGAUGCGCUAGCGGGAUUUUAUGUUUUUACAAUGGCGACCGUUGAGCGAAAUAGGAAUAAAAUAUAUGGAAUUAGACGCACUUUAACGGCACUGCUGCUUUUGUGGAUAGUCGAGUAUGUCGGUUCAAAAUAUAUUAUAUAUAGCCAUGAUGAAAAUGUAUAUGGCGAGCAUUGGAAUGUAUUCGUUACGUUGGCACUGACAAAAUGUAUUGGCACUUUUUACUGUACUGUGUUUAAGUCACGCAGUAAACAGCUCUAUGCCGGAGGGGUGCUUUUGAUUCUACAUCAGUGUAAUCUACAAGUUUUCUCCAAUAAUGUUGUUUUGGAUUCAGAUUAUGUACGUGACAAUCUGUACAGUCAGAACCGUGAAGGCUUGCUAUCACUUCCCGGUUUUGUAGCACUUUACUUUAUAUCCGUUUACAUUGGUCGCUGUCUUCGUGUACAAGAUAUCAUUUUAUCCUACUAUGAUGUUAUGCACAAAGUAAAAGUAAUUGGCAUAACUUGUGYGACACUUUGGAUAUUGGUGUUUAGCUGUGCCUUCACAAUAUCCMUUUCACAUAUAACCUGUAAUGCUGGAUAUGUUUUAUGGAUUUUAGCAAUGACACUAACUAUGACCUUUGUAUCCAUGGUUGUUUUUCAUUUAGUUAUAAAUACAUUAUGGUUUUUAGAUGAAAACGACACUUAUUAUGAGAUAUAUUAUGGAACAGUAUUGAAGACUUCGGAUAUACCACGUUAUAGAGACCUUUUGCCUAUGAUUGUAGAGGCAAUAAAUAAGAAUGGACUUUUAUUUUUCGUAUUAACUAUUUUAAGCGCACGYCUCAAUGUUAUUACUAAUCCCAUGAAACUGGAUGGUAGAUUCGCUUUCUUUAUGUUAUUCAAUUCUUUGCUUUUUGCAACUGGUAUAGUUUCCUUAUUACAUCAUUUCAAAUUACGUCUAUYUAUAUAAUUGUUACUUUUUGUAUAAGUUGGAAGUAUGUAAAAUGUUAGCACUACAUCGGAUAUUAAAUCAAAAUAUUUCAUUUCCUCGUACGAAAAGAUAAAUAUUUUGAUGUUAGUAUACUAAGYAAUUGUAAAAUGUUUGCAUAUUUUAUUAAUUUGGUUUAUCCUAAAGUUAAACUGAAUAAGCUAAAAUAUUUGCUAUA